UCACAUUGAGGUCGGUCAUUGAUCAUUUUAGCCCAAGUCAAACCUUUCAUGGCUAACCGCGACACUACCAACAUUCUACUGCGCGUCUGAUGGAUGGAUCCCGUAUAAUUUAUUGACAACGACAUGGCAGCCUUGUUCCUGACGACUUGACCUGUUCAUACCCUCCAAUGAUGUUUGCGUCAAAAUUCCUACCUCGUCUGCGUGUUGUUCACAGGGCAACUCGUUGCCAUGGAGACAUUGUAAGUGGACGUGCGCAGCCAGCAGUUGCUGCAUCCAUCUGGUCACUCAAUGCAAAGCCACGACGCUACUCCACAGCAGCCGACAACCGUUAUCCACCUCGGUGGGUGCAACUGGAGCCGGAGCUUGACGAUGCACUCGUGCCCCGUAAACUGUCAGUCAGUCCUCUGGAAACGUGGCUCUCGCUGCGCUACUCUCUUCCUCCACUGCCGGGGUCGGCUCCGCUGCAACAUGAGCGGGGGGAGCUGCCGGAAGAGAAGGUGCUGCCGCCUGUUUGUCUACCUGUUGUUGAAGAUGGCGACCGCACGACAACGCCCCUAAGUUGCAAAAAUGUGCUGGAGAUCCGACGACGCAAAAUGAACCGGCACAAAUACAAGAAGCUGUUAAAACGGACAAAAUUCCUGAGGAGACGAGUGCAGGAGAGCAGGGGCAGGAGGAAACAGAAGCGUUUUGAGAAGGACUUGAAAAGGAUUUGGAUGCGUGCUGGUCUGAAGAAGGCGCCAGAGGGAUGGAGUACACCAAAACUCUUCAUAAAACAACACGGAAACAGAAAGGACUGACACUCACGUUUUUUUCACACCAGACAACUUGUUCGACCAUCUUCCCUGUUUUGUUGUUGCUGUUUUAAAAAUAAAAUCAUGUUUCAACAUUGAGUAUCUGUGCAGUCCUCAAUGUACUUGUGGUUUCGUUGAGCAACAGGCGCAGUUCCUCUUGAAUACUGUAGGUGGCGGUAUUGUUGCAAGGGAGAAGCAUGCCUACCACAAUUACCACAACUCCUUCAUUCGGCAGGCCGUACUCUAAACUUUCUUGCUCGGAAAAUUAAAUUGGUAAAACAUU